ACCAGUGAGCCAGUGACCAUUUUGGGCAAAGAAUAUUCCGACAAGCACCAGUAUGAGGAGGAGAUCAAAUCCAAGAUCUGGCUCACGUAUCGGUUUGGGUUUGAGCCCAUUGCCAAGGCAGAAGGAGGCCCCCAUCCGUUGUCAUUCAUCCAGUCGUUCCUCUUCAACAAGAGCGUGUUGUUCAGCGGGUUUGGCCAGCUCCCCAACCUCAUCGACAACGAAAACUUCACCAGCGACGUGGGCUGGGGCUGUAUGAUCCGAACUUCCCAGAGUCUUUUAGCCAACUCGUUCCUCCAUUUGGCUGAUGACUCCAAGGGGGCCAAACACCGGAUCAUCCAGCUCUUCCGAGACGACCUACAGUCGCCGUUUUCUCUCCACAAUUUCAUCAGGGUGGCCUCAGACCUGCCACUUAAGGUAAAGCCGGGAGAAUGGUUUGGUCCCAAUGCUGCCUCGCUAUCGAUCAAACGCUUGUGCGAUAACUUGGAGCACUCCAACGAGCUAGCAGGCGUUCCUCGCAUCAGAGUGCUAAUCAGUGAAAGCUGCGAUUUGUACGAUAACCAAAUCGACGAUCUUUUCUCACAGAAAGUCGAUGGCUUGCUCGUGUUACUUCCCGUACGACUUGGGAUUGAUCGCAUUAACCAAUACUACUACUCCAGCUUGAAACAACUAUUGUCAUUAUCCUCUUCCGUUGGGAUUGCAGGUGGCAAGCCCUCCUCUAGUUACUACUUCGUGGGUUACCAGGAUUCCGAUCUCAUUUACAUCAACCCACACAACCCCCAGCCUUUCCAGCAAGAGAUCAAUUACGACACUUAUCAAUCCCCCACCUACCAGAAAUUGGGGUUCAGCGAUUUGGACCCGUCAAUGAUGAUCGGGGUAAUGCUCAGAAACCAGUCGGAAUAUGCCGAGUUUAAGAGUGUUUGCCAGGAAGGUAGCAACAAGAUUGUGCAUUUUCACCCAUUGGCUAGAAGGCUCUCCAAGAACGAGCAGACUCGCAAGAAUUCUGGUUUUGUGAAUAUACAACACGAAGAUGUUGAAUCCGAUGCCGAAGUUAUUAAUGUGGGCGAAAGAAAGGAAAUUGACGAUUUUGUCGAUCUUGGCGAAGAAGAAUUCAGC